CGACGAAGAGGUCGAGGGAGAAACGGCGCUCUCAGGGAAAUAUCGCGUUGUCAGACAGGAAGAGAAGACCGUUUCUAAAAUGGAUGUGACGGCUGUUUAGCGACCAUACCACACUAAACUGAGCUAUUUUGAGUUGCAGGUUCACCGGCCGCUGGGGAGCGUGGAGCAGGAUCUGACCCGCCGCCAUGCAGAGAAUAGGAGCAAUGACCCCUGGGUUAGUGUCUGGAGCCGGUACCCAUCAUUCAGCACAUUAGUGAUCUGCACUGAGACCAGAAAACUGAAGCCCCAGGCUAAAAGCAGCUGAGUCAACUGGAUGUUCAACAGCCAUUGAUGCGCCCAGGGCUGCCUUCCCCAGAGGGUGCUGAGGGUAAGGAAGCCUCUAAAGUCACAAAGCAAGAGCCCACCAGAAGGUCAGAGAGAUUGUCGGCGAAACCUGCUCCGCCCAAAGCUGAGGUGAAGCCCAAGAAGACCGUUGUCAAGAAGGAUGAAAAAGGACCAAAGGCCAAGAAGGGCGGCGCUAAGGGGAAGAAGGAAGAUGGUCCGGCCCAGAACGGGGAGACCAAAGCCAACGAGAUCUAUGUGUCUCGUCCAUCUGUGAGUGUGUCCUCCAUCAGAAGCAUGGCUCCCUCCUUGAUGUCAGUGAAAGGGCAGAGCGAGACAGUCAGAGUUAAGGGUCUCUGAAGCAGCAGAAGAGGCGACCGACGAGAAGGCGUAAGAACUCUGACUCGUCCACCGACUCGUCUGCUCCAACUCCAUGGCAGCAAAGCAUCUUUUUUUACCGAUGAUUUUUUGUACCAUGCCAUCUUAUUUUCUCUCUCUCUCUUUUGAUUAGCGAUAGCGAUGGACAACCAGCAGAACCCUCAUCCUCCCGCUCCCUCUUGCAUCCCGUGUUGCUUUAGAAUACAGCGUCCAUCUUAGAUGUUCAAAGGCACAUUGACGUGAUUUUAUCAGACAGUUGCAGAUGUUAUUUGUGAUGCCUGAAAAAAUUUUUUUUUUUUAAACGGGAUUCGGGGGCAUAAAUGUGACUGUUAUGAUCUCUAAACCAGCUUGGCCUUUUAUUUGUAGUUAUUCCUCUGCGAAGAAGGUCACCAUAAUCGGCCUGUCAUGAGGAGAUGCCCUGAUCUCUACCCCUCUCCCUCGCCGCCCCCCAGACUCUUUGGGGUAAGGUGGAAGGUUAAAAAUGCAGAGCAGUGGGUGAUCAGACAACAUAAGAAACAUCUGCAGUGUAAGAAAACAAAAACAUACAAAAUACAAUUCCUAGUUUUUAGAAUCCCUGAUGCCGUUCCACAUAGCUCCUUUUGUAUGUGUGUGUUGGAGUGCAAGUGUUUGUGAGUAUUUUUUCUUUCUUUCCUUUUUUUUUUAUUUUUUUUGAACAUCUUGUCCUGAAGCAGAGAGUGACAUAGCAAUAAACGAGUGGUGCUCCUGUUCUGGGCGGCUCCGUUGGCGUCGGACCCUCUGGGCUUCGGCGGAGUUUCAUCCUGUUUGGAGAGAAUAUUUUGAAAUAAAAGAAAAAGUCCAUCACACA